AUGGCCGGCCAACAACAGCCGGAAGGGAGUUUCCAUGAUUCACUUGCAUCUCUGAAACGAUUUUAUCGGAGCACCUUAUACCAGGCAAUCAUCCUCGGUCUGGUCAGUUUUACGCAGCCUGGUAUUUGGGAUGCUCUCAACAGUCUUGGAGCUGGCGGUCUCGCCUCUCCAACUUUCGUCAAUGCGGCAAAUGUCAUCACCUAUGUGAUUAUGAUCAUAACAUGCCCAUUAUGGGCUAUUGCAGGGAACCGCUGGGACUUGAAAUGGGUCCUGGUUGCAGGUACUUUGGGUUAUACGCCUUAUUUUGCUGCGCUGUACUGCAAUAGUGUCAAUGAUACGCAGUGGUUUUUGAUUCUGGGCGCAGUUACCUGUGGUAUCUCGGCUGCUGCGCUGUGGGUGUCAGAAGCUGCUAUUGCAGUGGGAUACCCCGAACCUGAACGUCGUGGCGUGUUCAUCGCAACGUGGAUGGCCCUCAACAAGAUCGGCUCCCUGUCCGGUAACUCCAUCCAACUAGCCACAAACAUGAACGCAGAUGGCCGACGUCAAGGCAGCAUCAAUCCGAAGACCUAUCUCAUCUUGAUAGGACUAUCCUGUGCCGGACUACCACUAUCUCUCACUUUGUCAAAAGCCAAGGAUCUGGUUCGCAAGACGAAGCAAAGCGAUACAGUUGAAAGAUUAGCGGAUGAUGCAAACAACUCAGACAUCAACCCAAAGACAACAGCAACAGACUUCACAAUCAGAGCCGCAAUCAGUGAUCUGUGGACAACUAUGAGAAUGAAACAUAUCCUCAUCCUCCUCCCCGUAUACAUCACCGUCCGCUGGAGCGGUACAUAUCAGGGCAUGUAUCUAACCGAAUAUUUCACCGUUCGAGGACGAGUCCUAGCCGGAUUUAUAUCCACCGUGCUAGGUAUCAUGGCUACACUGCUAUGGGGUCUUUUACUCGAUGGCAAAAAUCCCAAUGGCAGAAGUUUUAUAUCCGCACGGAUCUCGAGGAGAUGGUUGGCGUGUAACUUUGGUUGGUGGACGAUUCUGGCUGUGUAUACGGCACAAUGGAGUUUGAAUUUUGCCAUGCAGACGAUGUUGCAGACGAAGGGGCCGGAAAAAGUGGUGUUGGAUAUUUCUGACCCGGCAUAUGCGAAGGCUAUUGCGGCGUAUUGUCUUUACAGCUUCGGAAGCAACGCAUCCGUAGUAUGGACCUACUGGAUCCUCGGCACGUACGACAACCAAGUCAACAAAUUAGCCUAUUCAACAGCCACACUACGUUCGGCAGAAAGUUUCGGGUUUGCCAUUUCUUACGGUAUCGGAGCAACUCCGAGGAUAUCUCUGAUGACAAAUUUGAUUGUUUCGUGUGUGGUGUUUUGGCUCAGUGUGCCCUUUACGACUUAUGCGGCGUGGAACGUUGAACAUACGGCAGUAGGAGAUGGUAUUAGUAGUAGUAUUAUUAGUGUCACUAACGGCCAGGAUGGUCAUGAGUCCGAUGAGGAGCCGUUAAUUGAAUGA